AUUGUUUGUCAAUAUAAAAAUUAAUCCCAAAGUAGAGAAUGAUUAGCCAGGAUGGAUCUCUUCUUGUUUUUACCAGAGUUGUACUUGAAGCCAUACCAGCAUUAUAGGAACUUGAUAGCACUUGUACUCUAUUGGCAUGAGCUAUCAGGAAUCCAGGGUCACCUCCAUGGCAUGUCACAUCACAGUGAGCCUGAAAAGAUUUUAGAGGGUGUUAAUAACUUUUAGCUUUCUUCUUUUGAGGUCCAUAUCAGACGGAAUAAUAAAUAGACACAAUAUUAAAGAAUCAUAAUUAUUUUAGAAACUAUAGCCUAUUAUUAGGUGAAAUUGUAAUGAUAAAUAUAAACAGAAGGGUUGGAGUUGGUAUGGAAUUUAGGGGAAAUAGAGCCAACUGAGUAGUUCUUGUCACUGAAAGUAAUUUGACAAGAUAUCAUUGUGAGCAUAGUUGGAGACACACAGUGUCUAGAGAGAGUACUCCAUUGAUAGCAAAUAGGGAUACUGUUCCAAAUAAGCAUAGCCUAUAUGUAGUAUUAUGAAAAACUAUCCACCUGCCAUUGCCCAGGUUAAAAAACCUUCAAAUUACCUCUUGUUUGUUUUUUUUGUCAUUUUGUUUUUUUCAGAUAUAUUGAUACUAGGAAGGGUGUACUUGGUGGCUAGCAAUGAUCAAUAGUCAAAAAAAUUAUUUCAGCCACUGUGCUAAGCCCUGGGGAUAUAAAUCCAGAAGAAAAGUCUUUGCCCUUUGAAGAACUUAUUAUUUAUGGGGAAAAACUGCACACAAAAGCCUUGUUGGAAGCCAAGGAACUCAAGGAGAUGGAGAUGAGAAGGGAGAGAAUUCCAGCCAGUGAAAAUUUAUGAAGUAGCUUGUGCAAGGAAAAGGAAAGAGGUCAUUGAUACUGGAUCUCAGUUUGUGAAAGAACAGUUGCUUGUGACCACAGAGUGCCUUGGCUAUGAAUACCUCUACUCCAAAUUCUGUGCCAGAGGUUAUAAGGGGAAUGAUCACUUGUCAAAAUACAUGACUGCAAACAAGAAAAACGGACCACUGUUAAAAGAAAACACUCUUAAAAAUAAGUCUGACUUAAUGAAAAGACAAAGAUUUUACCAUUUAAUGUAGAAUGGGUACUACCAAUGAUGAGAUUGUUUCUAUGGAACAGAACUCUUCCUUAAAUCCAUUGUGUUUUGAGUGUGGUCAACAACAUUGGACCAGAGAAAAUCAUUUGUACAAUUAUCAGAAUGAAGUGGAUGAUGACCUGGUCUGCCAUAUUUGCCUUCAACCACUGUUACAGCCAUUAGAUACCCCUUGUGGACACACAUUUUGCUACAAGUGCCUACGAAACUUUUUACAGGAGAAAGAUUUCUGUCCUUUGGAUCGAAAAAGACUCCAUUUUAAGCUGUGUAAGAAAUCCAGUAUUCUGGUUCAUAAACUCUUAGACAAACUGUUAGUUCUGUGUCCCUUUUCUUCAGUAUGCCAAGAUGUAAUGCAGCGUUGUGACUUGGAGGCACAUCUUAAAAACAGAUGUCCUGGAGCUUCCGGUAGGAGAGUUGCUCUAGAGAGAAGGAAAACUAGCAAAUUAAAGACUGAAAUUGAGAAUGAAAAUGGAUCCAAUGUAAUAGAUCACCCAGGUACUUUAUCACCAGACAAUGCUGGAACAGGAACAGUGCCAGCAGAACGGAACUUGACAUCAACUUCUCUUCCUAUGUGGACAGAUGAGCCUGGCCUUGACAACCCUGCAUUUGAGGAAACUACAGUGGCAGACACUUCACAACCACCACCUAGUUUACCUGAAGGGGAAAUUACUACAAUUGAAAUUCAUCGUUCUAAUCCUUAUAUUGAGUUAGGAAUUAGCAUUGUUGGUGGCAAUGAAACACCUUUGAUCAACAUUGUUAUCCAAGAAGUUUAUCGGGAUGGCAUAAUUGCAAGAGAUGGACGACUCCUUGCUGGAGACCAGAUACUUCAGGUCAACAACUUUGACAUCAGCAAUGUGUCCCAUAACUAUGCCAGAGCUGUUCUUUCCCAGCCUUGCAGUGUGCUGUACCUUACUGUGCUUCGAGAGAGACGUUUUGGCAGUCGGACAUAUAGUCAUUCUGAUAAUAACUCCUUACGAGAAGAGAGCUUCCAUGUGAUCCUUCAUAAGCGAGAUUCUAAUGAACAGCUUGGAAUUAAAUUAGUACGAAGGACAGAUGAACCAGGUGUUUUUAUCCUUGAUCUGUUGGAAGGAGGACUAGCAGCUCAAGAUGGCAGGCUCAGUAGCAAUGACAGAGUACUUGCAAUCAAUGGGCAUGACUUGAAACAUGGCACACCUGAACUUGCUGCUCAGAUUAUCCAGGCUAGUGGAGAGAGGGUGAAUUUAACUAUCGCAAGACCAGGGAAACCACAAACCACUAAUACCAACAGGGAACCAGGAACUCAUAACAGCGGCCAGCACCAAGCACAACAACUAUAUCACAGCAGACCCAGCUCACAUAAGGAUCUUUCCCAAUGUGUUACAUGCCAAGAAAAGCACAUUACUGUGAAGAAGGAACCACAUGAAUCUCUUGGAAUGACAGUGGCUGGAGGCAGAGGAAGUAAGAGUGGUGAAUUGCCAAUUUUUGUGACCAGUGUGCCACCGCAUGGCUGCCUUGCAAGAGAUGGCAGAAUUAAGCGAGGUGAUGUGUUGCUGAACAUCAAUGGUAUUGACUUGACUGACUUAAGUCAUAGUGAGGCAGUUGCUGUGUUGAAAGCUAGUGCUGCUUCCUCUGCUGUCACCCUGAAAGCACUGGAAGUCCAAAUUGUUGAAGAACAAACCCAGGUUAAUGAAGAGCAGCCCAGUACAAUCAGUGAAAAUGAGUAUGAUGCUAGUUGGUCACCAUCAUGGAUCAUGUGGCUUGGACUUCCAAGUGUUCUUCAUAGCUUCCAUGAUGUUGUUCUACGAAGAAGCAACUUAGGAAGUUGGGGCUUUAGUAUUGUUGGCGGGUAUGAAGAAAACCACACAAAUCAACCUUUUUUCAUUAAAACAAUUGUCCUUGGAACCCCAGCUUACUAUGAUGGAAGAUUAAAGUGUGGUGACAUGAUUAUUGCUGUGAAUGGGCUGUCUACUCUGGGCAUGAGCCAUUCAGCACUCGUUCCCAUGUUGAAGGAGCAAAGGAACAAGGUUACUCUGACAGUUAUUUGUUGGCCUGGAAGUCUCGUAUAGAUUUGUGAUACGUAGUUUUACUUCAGUACUCUUCUAUUCUCAAGAAUUGUUUAAAAAAAAAAAAAACACUUUUGUUGUAUUUGUGAUUUUUUUUCCCCCUUAAGUCACUAAUGUAGCUGGUGAUGAACAAGGCCCAAAACUGCUAAUUGGGAUUGUUUUAAGAAUUUUAAUUAAAAGAACUUUACCUUCCCAUUUUUGUCUUUCAGUUUUAAAGCACUAGUUCCAUUGAACUUCAGGUUUAUUUUCUAAAACUUCACUGUCAAAUGUUUAGGAUGGGGCCUAUAAUUAUGAAUGAAAUCUUCUCAGACUUGGACACAGAACCAUUUGAGUCAUGUGAUUUGUGGUUUCUUGCUGUUUUUAAAAUUAAAUUGUAAGAUAUAAGCUAUUUAUCCUUCUUUAUGGAGAAGACUCACAUCAGUCAUGCUUACCAAAAUAUAGAUGCUCUGUCAUUUAUCAGAAUCAGUAUUGUGAAGAGAUGUAAUUUUAAUUUUGGCCAACAUCAAUUCCUAAUUUCAUUGGUGCCAACAUUUCAAAGACCCGGUCUUAUUAAGUGGAAUUCUAGUCCCACUAAUUUCUACUUCAGUCUGUUGGUGUUCAGAAUGAAGAAGGCACAAGCCUAAUAAUACUAGAGUUUUUUAUAAUGUGCAAUAUUUGGAAUAGUAAAAAAUAGGGAAUAUUAUACUCACUAGUGAAAAAGAAAUAAGAAUAGGUUAGUUGCUUGUAAAAGUUGCAUUUAAGUUAAAAAAAUAACAAACCUUUAGUAGGUAAAAAGUAAAAAAACAAAAACAAAAAACACCACCUUUAAUAGGUACUUUUCCCCAAAAAAAUGAUUUAUUACCUAGGAAAAUUUUAAUGAAAACAUUUUUGCUAUAAUCAUUUCUAUAGUUAAAUAUAAACUAUAUUAUCAGUUAUCUUCUGAAGAAAUGUUUUUGUGACUUAAGUAAUUAAACCCAGUUUUUUUAAAAAGAAAACUACAUUAUUAUGAAAGCAUAUGGUGCAGUUAAGUGAGAGAGAGACCAUUUCAUUUUAUUCUAAUUGAAUCUUGAGUAAGUUUUUUUUCCCCAAUUAUUAUUUAAAUAAUUAAAAGUCCAGAGAAAUUGGCCAUGUACCUGACUUGUUAUGAAUUUAUUUAUGGUUAAAAUUUUUUAGCAAAUAUUGAACCAGAGACUGUCAUUCAUUCACUUUUUUAAACUGACUAUAAAUUUACAAUUAAGUUUUUUGUUUUGUUUUCAUUUAUACAGCAUGGUUAUCCUUUGAAGAAACAUAUAAAAUGGUGUGCUGAGUUGGAAUAAACCCUGUACAUUGUUAAUGUUAUACAUACUUGAAAAAGAGUUUCAAUUAGAAACCUAGUUCAGAAUCUGAGCUAAUUUACAAAUGACCUCUGUAUUGUCAUGAAUGGUAUUAUCAGAGAAUGUAUUUCAAAAUUAAUACAAUACAUCGUGAAGCAUGAAUCUUAUUUUCGAGCUUUAGCAACUGCAUAGCUGGGGUAGAAGUUAUCUAUAGCAUGCCACUGAUUAUUCUAGUUACUUUUGUAAUAACAUUUUUUUUGUAAUCUGUUAUGACCCAGAUAAAGAAGGCUGCAAUGAUUGCCAUUAUCUCAUUUAUCCCUAUAGUGGCCCUGAUUAAUACACAUCUAAGAGACAGUGGAAUGUCCUUCCAUACAGUAUAUUACUGUUUCAUGAUUAUUGGCUUUUGAAGCAAUCUGAUAGUGAAAUACUUUGAUGUUCUAUUUGACAUGCAACAAGUUUCCUCCUGCUCCCCAAAAUAGAAUUUUGUAAUGUACUUUGCAUUUUUAAAAUAUUUUAUAAAAAUAGGUCAUCUGUUGGGGGAGUGGUUACCAGUAUCUCAGCUUAAGCUUCACCAGAUGUAAAGUGCUGCAGGUGAACUAGGUAAUGUAGUAUUUUAGUACCUUUAAAAAAAGUCUUUUUUGAGCAUUUUUUAUCACAAAAAGUAUAAACUGGUUUGCACAGUAGUAGAUAUUAUUUCAAGAGGCUAUAUAUAGCUUUUGGUCAAAAUGAUGUUUGGUGAAGGAAACUUGUUCAUAAUUUAUUCUCAUCAUUGGAGUAUUUUCCCCGUUAAGAUCUGAUAAAUAUUUUUGUUUGUUCUUCUGUGCCUUCAGUUUAAAUUAUUUCAAGAUUUUUCAAAUGUUCUUAAAUAAUGGUGUGAUUUUCAUUAAAGAUGGAAAUAAAAGUCAUCUUACUUCUAA